GGAAAAUCACCUUACUGAUCGAGGUGCCAAAAAUAAUGAACGAGAAAAGGAAGUGUUUAUACCACAAAAUCAAAUAGUUGGUAACUCAUUUAGUUAUGAAAUCAUUUCAGAACCGGAACAAAUGAGAAAUCGAACCUCAGAGAAUUCUAUGAGAAACCAGACCCUAAAUGAAAGUGUGGACGAAACAGAACUCUCGUUUUUAACAAACUCUCUUAAUUUGCUGAGAAAGGAAAAUAUUGAAAUGGGCUGUACGUCAUGUAAGCACAAACAGCACCAAAGUGUAAAUGAUUCGUGUGCUUUAUCUGCAAGCCAAGUUCAUAAAACUUCGAAUGAAUUAACUUUACCGGAUGUGUCUGCUCCAUAUAACAAUGGUUUUAAGUCAGAAAUAUCUCAAACUGGUUUAAAAGCUUCUUUUAGAAAUCCUACAUUGUUUGAAAAAACUUUUGGCGAAGAAAUUAGCAAGCAGUCCGAAUCAAAAAUUGUUACAGAUUUUGCGACUUUUCCUCGAACUCGGAAAACUGCAGCCGUCAAUGGUGAUAUAAUACAUAAAUCUGUUAUACACAAUGAACAGAACGAGUUGUCACAAAUUCUUUUUCCUGAUGAAACGCUUGAACAACAAAUAAAUUCAGCAACUUUUCCAAGGUCUUCAAAAUCAAAGAAUUUGAGCCGCCAGGAAAUUAUUAAAUUUAUGACGAUGAUAGCUUCUAGCACGUAUAAACCUCCACCAGAGAGACAACAUUUGGAACUCAAGCCGGAUCAUAGCGUAGAAAAUCAUUCAAUACAACAACAAUCCAGUGAAAUUGAAACAAUGUCGAAAGAUUCUGCAACUCAAACAGAUUCAUGGCCGUCAAAAUGCUCUGUCCUGAAUAGUCUGUCCUGGCCUAAAUUGUUGGACUGUGUUAGUGAGGAUACAGAAGGAAACUUAAGUGGUGAAGAAAUGGACCUUUUGCUUCUUCGAUCCUCUUUUAAAGACACGGUUUUGUCAAGCACUCCUUCAUUAGCUUCCAUUAGUCGUGAUGACAACCUUAAAGAUGAACAAAUCAACUUUUAUAUUCAAAUGAAAAGCUGCCAUAGUAGUAAAAAUAGCAGUUUAGGGUUAUCAGAAUGUUCUGCUGUGUUUUCCCUUGACGACAAUUGUUGUGAUUCGCAACAACAGCAUCCUUCUUUUGAAAAUGACAAUCGAGAAUUGUUGGCAUUAGAAUCUCAAUCAACUGAAACAACUCAAGAAAAUUGUCAAAAACAGUUACAAAUCGAUUCAGGUAAAAAAUUGUUACAAUGGAAAUGGAAUAUCACAAAGAGGCCUAAAUCUCAGUCAUGGCCUUGUCUCUCUCUUAAUAGAUCAGAGAGUGCUAAUACGAAAAGGUGCUACAGCGAAAAUUCGGUUGUUAUUAAGAACUUCUACAGUAUUCAGGUUGAAGGCAAAGUCGAUGUGAUGUCUAUCUUCGGUAAACAGCCGUUACAAAAAAUGAAUUUUAAAUCAUUGUCAGACUCUAUGUUGGAGAAGAAGGACACUAUAAAGAACCAUGAAACAUUGGUCUGCUGCCCACAACUCGCCAGAAACACCCUUGCCGAAGAAGCUUUCGACGUCAUUUAUCCUUCAUCCCAGACUAAAAAGGAACGUCCAGAAAUCGAAGCCCAAGAAGCAUGUCGUUGGUUGAGAGCAGCUGGAUUUCCGCAGUACGCUCAGUUAUAUGAAGAAAAUCAAUUUCCUCUUGACAUUAGAAGUGUCUGGAAGGACCACCAGUUUUUAGAUUCCGAUUCAUUCCGAGCACUUUUCAGACGGCUCAAUACGCUUAACAAGUGUGCAAAAAUGAAAGUAGAUUACCUACCCAGAAAAUCUGAUAAGAAGGAGGAAAGUGAUGAUGAAGAACAAUGUGCUCUUAGUGAAAACUGGAAGUUUCAGCGAACAAGCCAGCGCUGGUCAAGGGUUCCUUCACCAAUUAGAGGGAAAGCUGCAUCUUCCAAGAAGUCCUUAAAUGCUUGUAAUAAAAAAGAAACUUGCACAAUAGAAGAAGCUUUUAAUAGCAGUAGCUAUGAUAGUGUAUUUGUUGAAGACCAACAUAGUAGCUCUGAUAGCAUUCGUCAAGAACCCAUUAAUCAAGCCUAUACUCCAACUACUAUUCUUAUGGACGAAGACGGACAAGCUUCCAGAUCAGAGUCAAAAGGGUUCUCUACAUAUAGCCCAGAAAUUACCCUCGAAAGCCCACGGAAAACCUCUGGAAAUAUCGGAAUUAGUCUUAGAAGGAGUGGAAGCGAAAAACUGAAGAACAGCGCUAAAACGCUCUUGAGAAGAGUCGAAAGUUUCACGGAUAGACGGAAGAAAAAGUAUAGCAAUGAAAGUUUGGUAAUUAGUGCACCCUGGGGUUUCAUUAAUAUGCGCAGGAACUGGUUUCCUAGAGGUAGUGUUCCAGACGAAAGUCCAGCAAGUAGUAGCACAUCCUCACCUCGUCUGUUGCAUCGGCAAUCUAAGGACAGUAUCACGUCAGAUCGCAUAUCUAACUCAGAAGAUUGUUCAGAUGGGGGCCGUUACAAAACGCAAGUUAUCUCUCAAAACUCGAGGUGGCAUCAGUUACUUGGAAUUGAUACCAAUGUAUUCGACAGCACAGAGUCUUCUGGUGAACGAAUAAACGAUAUGAGGAGAAUCGCGACUAGUAGUGUAUCCAGAAGUAUUGGGCGGUUUUCAAAUCCUGCAUUUGAUCUUGUAGGUAAGAACUUAAGGAGAGGCACUCAAGAUCAUAAAGAUGAUGAAAAAAAAUCAAACAGCUCAUCAAGAUGCCAUCUCAAGGGAAAUCAAAAUGUUAAGAGUGAAAACUGUUUUAUAUCUUUGCCUUUUGAAGAUGAAAAUGGUGAAGAACGCACUAGUGUUUAUGAUAACUUGCCUGAACACCCUCACGUUUUAAGCACUUACAGUACCGACAGAAAUGAUUGUUGCCAUACCGGGGGUUCCGAAGGUUUUAAGGUGAAAGAACCUGAUUUAAUUGCUGACCUGGGUAGGAAAACAAAGAUGGAAGAAGCAAACUACAGAGAUAGAUGUGAUUCAGGUGUAGGAUCGUCAUUAACAAGGACUUCCAUACUUCUUUCAAAGAAAAUUGACAAUGAAUCUCAUUUUCCGGCACUAUUAUCCGCUAAUUCCCCAUCUAUUUCUGUGGAUAUCAACAGUCUGUCUUGCAUACAACUAAUGAAACUACGUAAACUUUCUCUUCUCAAAUUGACAACAUUUAUGGAAAAACAUUCACCGUCUAGCAAAACUGGUUGGAGUUGGAGGGUUCCCAACUUUAUUCGACGAAUACGGAGUCCGGAUUACAAGGGUAAUUUGAACAUCACAUAUUACCAUUCCAGACAUCCUUGUCUUUCGAAUUAA